GCGCGCCAGGCAUUGGUGGUUGGUGGGGUGAGAGCAUGCCCACAAGAGCACGCCCUCAAGAGCACGCCCACAAGAGCACGCCCUCAAGAGCACGCCCACAAGAGCACGCCCUCAAGAGCACGCCCACAAGAGCACGCCCUCAAGAGCACGCCCACAAGAGCACGCCCUCAAGAGCACGCCCACAAGAGCACGCCCUCAAGAGCACGCCCACAAGAGCACGCCCUCAACAGCACGCCCACAAGAGCACGCCCUCAACAGCACGCCCACAAGAGCACGCCCUCAACAGCACGCCCACAAGAGCACGCCCUCAACAGCACGCCCACAAGAGCACGCCCUCAACAGCACGCCCACAAGAGCACGCCCUCAACAGCACGCCCACAAGAGCACGCCCUCAACAGCACGCCCACAAGAGCACGCCCUCAACAGCACGCCCACAAGAGCACGCCCUCAAGAGCACGCCCACAAGAGCACUCCCUCAAGAGCACGCCCACAAGAGCACUCCCACAAGAGCACUCCCACAAGAGCACGCCCACAAGAGCACACCCACAAGAGCACCCCCACAAGAGCACACCCACAAGAGCACACCCACAAGAGCACACCCACAUGAGCACACCCACAAGAGCACACCCACAAGAGCACCCCCACAAGAGCACGCCCACAAGAGCACGCCCACAAGAGCACACCCACAAGAGCACGCCCACAAGAGCACGCCCACAAGAGCACGCCCACAAGAGCACGCCCACAAGAGCACACCCACAAGAGCACGCCCACAAGAGCACACCCACAAGAGCACACCCACAAGAGCACACCCACAAGAGCACACCCACAAGAGCACACCCACAAGAGCACGCCCACAAGAGCACACCCACAAGAGCACACCCACAAGAGCACACCCACAAGAGCACACCCACAAGAGCACACCCACAAGAGCACGCCCACAAGAGCACGCCCACAAGAGCACACCCACAAGAGCACGCCCUCAAGAGCACGCCCACAAGAGCACACCCACAAGAGCACACCCACAAGAGCACACCCACAAGAGCACACCCACAAGAGCACACCCACAAGAGCACACCCACAAGAGCACCCCCACAUGAGCACACCCACAAGAGCACACCCACAAGAGCACCCCCACAAGAGCACACCCACAAGAGCACACCCACAAGAGCACGCCCACAAGAGCACACCCACAAGAGCACACCCACAAGAGCACGCCCACAAGAGCACCCCCACAAGAGCACCCCCACAAGAGCACCCCCACAAGAGCACACCCACAAGAGCACGCCCACAAGAGCACACCCACAAGAGCACACCCACAAGAGCACACCCACAAGAGCACACCCACAAGAGCACACCCACAAGAGCACGCCCACAAGAGCACCCCCACAAGAGCACCCCCACAAGAGCACCCCCACAAGAGCACACCCACAUGAGCACACCCACAAGAGCACACCCACAAGAGCACACCCACAAGAGCACACCCACAAGAGCACCCCCACAAGAGCACACCCACAAGAGCACACCCACAAGAGCACACCCACAAGAGCACACCCACAAGAGCACACCCACAAGAGCACACCCACAAGAGCACACCCACAAGAGCACACCCACAAGAGCACACCCACAAGAGCACACCCACAAGAGCACGCCCACAAUCAACACUUCUCAGUCAUCCCUUAA